UCUUGGAAAGCUGCUUCCGGGUCAAUGCAGGACACCGGGCUCUGCCGGCCGGAGAGGGGGCCGAGGUGAAUCGGACCGGGGCCGGGCCCGGAGCAGGCCCGAGGCCGAGCGGCGGCGGCGACGGCGGUGGCCGGGCGGGCGGAGGCGAGGCGCAGCCCGAGGAGCCACCGCGGCAGCUCCGCCGCCUCCCGGGCCGAGGGAGUUAUUGGAAAGGAAGAUGGACCAACCUAGUGGAAGAAGUUUCAUGCAAGUAUUAUGUGAGAAGUACAGUCCUGAAAACUUCCCUUACCGCCGUGGCCCUGGGAUGGGGGUCCACGUCCCAGCCACACCUCAGGGCUCUCCUAUGAAAGAUCGCCUCAACCUCCCAAGUGUACUCGUGUUGAACAGCUGUGGAAUUACCUGUGCAGGAGAUGAAAGAGAAAUUGCUGCCUUCUGCGCUCAUGUGUCAGAACUGGAUCUUUCUGACAACAAACUUGAAGACUGGCAUGAGGUCAGUAAAAUUGUGUCAAAUGUUCCCCAGUUGGAGUUUCUAAACCUGAGUUCCAAUCCUCUGAAUUUGUCGGUUUUAGAAAGAACAUGCGCUGGGUCCUUCUCUGGGGUUCGCAAACUUGUCCUCAACAACAGCAAAGCUUCAUGGGAAACAGUCCACACGAUACUGCAGGAGUUACCAGAUUUGGAGGAGCUCUUCCUGUGCCUUAAUGACUAUGAAACAGUGUCUUGUCCUUCUGUUUGCUGUCAUUCUCUUAAGCUCCUACAUAUAACAGACAAUAACCUCCAAGACUGGACUGAAAUCCGAAAGCUGGGAGUUAUGUUUCCUUCGCUGGAUACCUUGGUCCUGGCCAACAAUCAUUUGAAUGCUAUCGAGGAGCCUGCGGACUCGCUGGCUAGGUUGUUCCCCAAUCUGCGUUCCAUCAGCCUCCACAAGUCAGGUUUGCAGUCCUGGGAAGACAUUGAUAAAUUGAAUUCAUUCCCUAAACUUGAAGAAGUGAGAUUGUUAGGAAUUCCUCUUCUGCAGCCAUAUACCACCGAGGAGCGAAGGAAGCUGGUAGUGGCCAGAUUGCCAUCUGUUUCUAAACUCAAUGGCAGUGUUGUUACCGAUGGUGAACGAGAAGACUCUGAGAGGUUUUUUAUUCGUUACUAUGUGGAUGUUCCACAGGAAGACGUGCCAUUCAGGUAUCAUGAACUGAUUACAAAAUAUGGGAAGCUAGAGCCUUUGGCAGAAGUGGACCUAAGACCCCAGAGCAGUGCGAAGGUAGAAGUCCACUUUAAUGAUCAGGUGGAAGAAAUGAGCAUCCGUCUGGACCAAACAGUAGCAGAACUGAAGAAGCAGUUGAAAACCCUAGUGCAGCUGCCCACAAGCAGCAUGCUUCUCUACUACUUGGACCAUGAAGCCCCUUUUGGCCCAGAAGAAAUGAAGUACAGUUCCCGGGCACUGCAUUCCUUUGGCAUUAGGGAUGGAGAUAAAAUUUUUGUGGAAUCCAAAACAAAAUAACCUCUACCAGCCUUGUAAAAACACUCUCGUGGACUUCUUGCAGGGCGUUUGUUUCCAGUGUGGUUUUCUUUAGGAGGGAGAAGGCUCUUUUUGUUUUGUUUCAUUUAGCCUUUGGAGGGGUUUUGUAUAUUUUUUCCCCUAGAAUGGGUAGGGGGCUGUUUUGGGUAUUUUCUAUCACAGAUUUCUUUGGCUCAGCCAGCAGACUUGGCUGCUUCUCCAGUCCUUAUGCCCUGUCUGUGAAACAUGAUCAAGAAAUCACUGACUCAUACUGUGUUCGCCAGGGUUUGUUAGCCACUGUGAAGACAGCAGGGAGAGCACAGCCCUUCAGAAGGGUGGUGGGCAGUAUUCAAGUCAGCAGAUGGAAUCUUCACAGGAAGGGCCUGUACCCCUGUCUCCCCCCCACCCCACCCCCGUUCUUCCUUUCCCCUUCCUCUCCCUCCCUCUCCCUUGGGUUCUGUUUUCUACUUUGACUUGCAUCAGCACAUGCUUACCAGAUAGUUCUACUCUGUUCACAAUUAACUUGUUUUUUCCCUCAACUGUUUUUUUUUCCCCCUCAUUCCUCCUUUUAAAAAUAAUUUUGAGUGUUUUAAGUGUUUUUCAACCUGAUUCUGAUCUCAGGUACUCACUAAGAACCUAGAACUCUCUUAGGAUCUUAAAGAAGAAUAGAUAGAAAAUUAAAACUCUAGGAAAACUUGCCGUUUUUCUGGAAGCACGGGCAGAACAGUCUAAUCUCAUACACGACUCAGUCUUGGAGCCCUUGUGUCUAUCCGCCAUUACGCCCAUUGCAUAAAUGUCAGGCUCCGGCACUCUUUUGCUUUUGCUUGUUGAAUGUAUUUCCUCACAGCUUUUGUUUCAUGAGCUAUUGGAAAUAGAGGCCUGACUUUAGGGGAAGCCAGAAGAAUUCUGGAUGUGCACUCUUGAUAUCAGAGAAUCAGCUCUCCACAUGUGUGAGGGAAGGAAGUGGAGGAAGAGAGUGAGGGAGGAAGUGGAGGGAGUGAGUGAGCUUGAUGACUUCCUGCCAGCAUCCAUUUGAAGCCCUUCUUGCACUUUCAUAAAAAGUGAGAAAUUUUAAUAAAGGGAACUUUGGUUCCUACUUCUUCCUUGGGAUUUUAUGGUGUCAUAAUUGAGCAGUUGUUUUCGAUUUCAGUUUAGGCCGCUGUCGAACGACCCUGCCUAAUCUGUGAGUGAAGUUUCAGUGCCAGAGCUCCCGGAUUAUUUACUUAUGUAUUUAUUUUUUGCAAAAGUAUAUUUAAAGCACUUUUCCUUCAAAACCCAUCCCUUACCUACUCCAAAGUCUUUUCUUUGCCCUUCUAGCCUGUGUUAAUUGGAUGUGAAUCCCUUCUUUGGCAUGUAGAUUUUUUGGUCCACCAUGUGGAUAGGUGGGAGACAGUAAAAGUUUUCCAAGAAUGCAGCUGUUGCCUGAAUUUUCAGAUGACGCUUGUGAAUUCUUUAUGUAUGGGGAGUUACAUUUAUUACCAGUACCUUCUAGAUCUUCCUCUGACAUACGGCAGGUGUUUGUUCUCUUGUUGCACUUCAGGUUCAGUAUCUGUAAAGCCUUUGACUCAGGCCUACUGAGGCAAAUCUUCAUUCACUGUAACUAAAGGUGGAAACCAAAGGGUUUGAGAAAGAUGAAUGAGGCCUAUUCUCCUUCUGCUGCAGACUUGAUCUCUUAGAAUCUUAAAAAUGAGCGAUGGAGAUCCAGGCUGGGGAUAGACAAGGACAAUUAUUUUGCAGUCGAAUUUUCCUGACAGAUUUUUUUGAAAGAAAAAAAAGAAAAAGUGUGGCAACAGUGUCACGAAGAUGAGAACUGGGAGCUUUGUAUAUGUGCGCGUGAGUGCAGUGGAGUUUGCGAGAGACACAGUGUAAUCGAGACUGUUGCUUUUGUCAGCCUGGGAAACAGAUGCACUCUUAUUUUUUGAACUUGUUGGACCCCCAACCGCCCCACAGCAGAAGGCAGAGUGAACACUUAUGCUUUGAUCAUAAGUGGAAUGGUCACAAUAAGAUAUUUUAUAUAAGACAAAGUUUUAUGAAAUGCUUUUUUACUAUUAGAGACCUGUUUCUUCUGUUAUUACAGAACACAGUGUUUAUCAACUGCAGGCCUAAUUCUUUUAUUAUACAGUUGCAUGUAAAGGGAACUUCUUAUCCAAAUUCAGCUGAUGUAUUUUUAGGGUAUUGUAAUUGAUGGUUUUAAUUACUGCUAAAUAAUUUCCAAUUAAGAAAAACUAAUAUGAUUCCUGGCCUUUUAGAAUGACAGAAGUAAAUGAGAAAAGCUGUUUGAGCAUGUAUCCUUACAUAUUCAUCUGAGUGGCUGAGCAAAGAGGCUGCUUGUGAAAUUAAAAUUGGUGCUGUGUAGACAUUUGUAACCAAAAUUAUUUUUAUAACAGACUCAGAAAGAGGAGAGAAGCGCCCAUGGACCUUUGAGUCUGCAUGUUAUCCAUAUUGAUUGUCUGUAGCUUGUCUGUAUUUUAAUAUUGACUUCAUCCAGAUUCAGUGGGAACAUAUUGUUGACAGGAGGCAGAGUGCUGUCCUCACCAGUAUUACAGAGACGUUCCUUCAGGCACAGUGUAUAGAACAUACCUUUCUAAAACUGAACUUCUUUUCAGCUAUAGCAAGGAAAGAAAUAAGUACGAAAGCCAAAUUGAAACCAAGGGACCCUUCUACUUACGGGGUAGCUGCCAAAGCUACAACCGAAGUCAGUUUUUCAAUUCGAGUUGUUGAAAUAGCCUACAUUACUUUAAAAAAGAAAAAGACCAGAUUUGUGCAUUAAGGCAACCUUUUGUCAGUAAAACUAAGAAAGUGGCAGAUUAUCAGCCACUUUGUAAAGACC